GUCAUGUCAUGUGACAAUUGAUCGACGGUGGUCGUGUUGAAAGACUUCUCGAAGCAUUUGCAUUUUUCUGAUAGAGACGGAGAGAGGGAGCGGGAGAAGAUGCCGUCCUUCAGGGCUGAGAAGCUGAGAGUGAAUCUACGACUCUCUAUCAACAGACUCAAGCUUCUGGAGAAGAAGAAAAGUGAGUGUAAAUUCACAUGUACCUUCUAUUCCUUCCUCCUUCCCGGGCCAGUAAUACAUCAUACAACACGCUGUCCCUGGUGCGGAUGGGAGCGUGUGAGUAAUGUGUGUUUCUCUGUCUGCAGCGGAGACUGCGAUGAAAGCAAGGAGGGAGAUUGCCGACUACAUGAAGUCAGGAAGAAUCGAGAGAGCCAGAAUCAGGGUGGAACACAUAGUCAGGGAGGACUACCUCGUGGAAGCCAUGGAAGUGAUCGAGUUGUACUGCGACCUUUUGUUGGCUCGUUUUGGGAUGUUGGAACAGAUGUCGUACUGUGAGGAGAGCAUUGCCGAAGCAGUGGCCACACUGAUCUGGGUGGCUCCAAGACUAUCAGCCGACGUACAGGAACUGCUUGAGGUAUCGAGACAAUUUGAGCACAAGUUUGGAAAGCCGUUUGUCCAGCAGGCCAGGUCAAACCUCUCGGGCACCGUCAAUGUCAAGGUGAUCCACAGACUGGGUGCUGAGGCUCCGAAGAAGUCUCUGGUCGAGAACUACAUGGUGGAGAUUGCUCGCAACUACCACAUCGACUACCAGCCAGACCCCACCAUGUUCAUGGAUGAUGAGGACACCCUGCCACCUGAUACCGAGGGGGUCUUGCUGGCGGACGAGCCACAGGCACUGCCUAUGAAGACAGAUCUCCCUCCGACUGCAUUCCAGCCGCCCCCACCCUCUACCUACCACCAGGGGCCUCCUCCUCCAAUGGACCCUGGUCCUCCUGUAUGUUGAGUAUUACAGUGAACAUCUGAAUAAGGAGCCUCCGGAUAAAGGACACCUCUCUAUAUGUUCUGCCCCACACUAUUACAUUUGUGUGUUUAAUUACCUCUGAAUGAGGUAUGUUACUGAAUAAAGAGAUGUCCAAAAAGUGUCACUUCACUGUUCAUUCAGUUUCUUGUCACCCACAGCCUAGUUACCGUGGACCCCCGGCUCACCAAAACCCUCAUCUCCCACCUCCCACCAACCAACACCUCCCAUAUGUAAGACCACACUCUCUUACACCAACCUCCCUCCAUGAUUCACUGUCUGCUCUUUCUAUCUGUGCCCCUUGUUUCCUCAGCCCACAGGUCCACAGGGAGGAGUUCAGCCUCCUCCGCUGCCUGGAGCAAUGGGUGGAGUCCCCCCACCAGCCCUGGACCUCCCUCCAGUCCCCCACACCACUCUCCCUGGCUCCAACAGUGGAGGCUCGGGGGGCGGAGGGGGUGACGUCGACUUUGACGACCUCACUCGCCGCUUCGAGGAACUCAAGAGGAGAAAGUGAUGUGUCGCUGAGCAAACUGUCUUACACAAUUACAUUUUAUUUCUUGACUGUUAAUUAUACUGUGUAUAUAUAAUAUGUUUCUCAUGGUCGUAUAUA